AACUAUCGCGACCUGGCGAAUGGCGAGUGGCGUGACCGCGGUCCGCGGCCCACUAUAAACUCAACCACCUCCGGAGUCCGGACCUCCCCCGUUGGCCUUCUCCUUCCCCUUCGCCCUGCCUCCCUCUCUCAGUCUCUCUCCGGCCUCCCUCGCCCACAGAGACAGAGCGGAAGCCGCCGAGCUCGGAGCCCAGCACUUUGCACGCCGCCGCCGGCCAUGUCGGUGGAUACGGAGCGGAGCUCCACCGAGUCGUCCGCGGCCUCCGGGCUCGGCUACGAGGACACCGCGCUCGCCCUCACCCUCCGCCUCCCGGGCUCCGACCCCGGCCGUUCCUCCCCGCUCGCCGCGCCCUCCGACGCCGCGCCGUCUCCCAAGACGCGGGUGGUGGGGUGGCCGCCGGUGAGGUCGUACCGCAAGAACGCGCUCGCCGACUCCAGCAAGGCCAACCGGUCAGCCAGUUUCGUGAAGGUGGCCGUCGACGGCGCGGCCUACCUGCGGAAGGUGGACCUCCAGGCGUACGGCGGCUACGACCAGCUCCUCCGCGCGCUCCAGGACAAGUUCUUCUCCCACUUCACCAUCAGGAAGUUCGCCGACGACGAGAGGAAGCUGGUGGACGCGGUGAACGGGACGGAGUACGUGCCCACGUACGAGGACAAGGAUGGCGACUGGAUGCUCGUCGGCGACGUCCCCUGGAAGAUGUUCGUGGAGACCUGCCGGCGCCUUCGCCUGAUGAAAGGUUCAGAGGCCGUUAACUUGGCACCAAGAGCCGCCCGAUGAGGCGCAAGCGCAACUCCAGCGUCACCAGUACGCACUGGCUUUUAGUGGCUUGGCUUGUUGGAGGAACGAGGGAACGUACUUCGUCGCUGUUUUGAGGAUCUUCACUUGACAUAUAUAUAGCAAUGUGUACAGCUGUCACCUGCUGCUUUUGCCUGAGGAAAGUUUGUAGUUCCAUUACUUUACUUAUCUGUAGUGUCUAUCUAUCUAUCUAUAGAUCCGAAGCUUUGAUAUACACAUGGCGGCUACAAUGUAUUUUUGAUGAAUAAGACCAGACCAGAGUACCAGACACACCGAACCGAACCCGUUCUUCCGCAGCUCCACGCGCGGUUGGCAUUUUGAGGGUUAUGUGGUGGUGUUUUGCAAUUUGCAGUAGGCGUGAAGGCUGAUGUCGUAGCUGCCAAUUAUUUAUACAUCUUGAUCUGUGUUGAGCUAUGGUUUUUUGUUUAAUCGAUCUUGGUUUAAAUCG